UAUCUCUCUCUCUCUCUACCCAACACUUUCUUUCUUUCUCUCUCUCUCUCUCUCUCUACACAGACUAUGUUGAUCCUCUCUUCCUCGCCUCACGGAUACGUCUUCUCCACCACAGCUAGGGUUUCUUCGUCAUCUUCAGUCUCCUCGUCUUCCAAGCUCAGCUUGAUCUCUUGCUCGUUGCCUCUUCGAUCGAGCGUUCGCAAGUUUCCGUGCUUCGUUCUUUGCUGCUCUUCGAAGGCUAGAGGAAUGGUGGAGAUGGUGCAGGACAAGGAGUCUGCGGUGGCCGUCGCCGCCUCCAGCUCCCCGGCGGACCUCGGCCAUUCACGUACAUUUCUCGAUGUCCAGACCGAGGAAGAUCUGCUUUCCGGAAUAAAGAAGGAAGUAGAAGCUGGAAGUAUUCCGUCAAAUGUUGCUCAGGCAAUGGAGGAACUCUAUCAGAAUUAUCGAAAUGCGGUUUUCCAAAGUGGAAUUCCCAAUGCAGAUGGGAUUGUUUUGUCAAACAUGACUGUUGCACUUGAUCGUAUUUUCAAAGAUGUGGAGGAUCCUUUUGUCUUCUCGCCAUAUCACAAAGCCAUACGCGAACCUUUUGAUUACUACAUGUUUGGUCAGAAUUAUAUCCGUCCUUUGAUUGAUUUCAGGAGUUCAUAUGUUGGCAACGUCUCCGUUUUCAAUGAAAUGGAAGAGGAGCUUCGACAGGGCCAUAAUAUUGUCUUGAUUUCCAACCACCAGACUGAAGCAGAUCCAGCUGUUAUUGCAUUGCUGCUCGAAGCAACACAUCCACAUAUUGCUGAGAAUACCUAUGUGGCUGGAGAUAGAGUCAUAACUGAUCCUCUUUGCAAGCCCUUCAGCAUGGGAAGGAAUCUCCUGUGCGUGUACUCAAAAAAGCACAUGUAUGAUGUUCCUGAGCUUGCUGAGAUGAAAAAAAGAUCCAAUACUAGAAGUUUAAAGGAAAUGGCUUUGCUUUUAAGGGGUGGAUCACAAAUAAUAUGGAUUGCACCAAGUGGGGGAAGGGACCGCCCAGAUCCUAUCACAAAAGAAUGGUAUCCGGCACCCUUUGAUGCUACUUCAGUGGACAAUAUGAGAAGACUCACAGAACAUGCUGGUGUUCCUGGUCAUAUAUAUCCCUUAGCAAUACUAUGCUAUGACAUUAUGCCCCCUCCACCCCAGGUUGAGAAAGAAAUAGGAGAGAGAAGAGAUAUCUCCUUUCACGGGGUUGGAAUAUCCGUGGCACCCCCAGUCAGUUUUCAGGACAUUGCUGCUUCCCAUGGUGACUCUGAAGAGGCUAAGACGGCAUAUACACAGGCCCUAUAUGAUUCUGUUGUGGACCAGUGCAAUGUGCUCAAAUCUGCUAUACAUGGCAAAAAAGGUCUGGAGGCAUCAGUUCCUACUAUCUCAUUGUCGCAACCAUGGAAUUAGUCAACCACUUGUACUAUAACCUGUUGCUCUAUAAUCAGGCUAAGACAAUCCUUUUUGACGUAGUUUGUAUAGCUUCUCAACAGGUCUGUUCUCUUAAUCUAGAAACGAUUGCCCGAGGAAGCCUUAGUUUCAUAACCAAAUUGCAUCUCCGGUGAAUUCUGCUAUCAUUGAUCCAGUUUUCACGUGCUCAUUUUUUUUGUGGAGAUGAAAUGAACAGAAACUGGAGUUGUCUUGGAAGCUUUGUCUGAGGUGCGUACUGUACAGUUUGUUAGUCUUACUUCUUGUAAAGAAUUGAGCCAUUCGUUGGUGAGGAACUCACUUUGUAUAUUUUACCUAUACUGUGUAUGAGAUUUUGUUUUCAAAUCAUCCAAAUCUGAAUCACCAAAUUUCCUCAUCUGAAAAUGAUACCGAGGAAAUAAAAAUGUUACAAAGUGGCAGAGUAAACUUUGAUGGUGCUUACUCCCCCACCCCUUUUUUUAAUCUCGGUAAAUUUACUGCCAAUUUAGUAAGACUUUUAAA